CUUUUUUCUGUUGGGAAGGAGAGAAAAAAGUGUAGAAAUUCAUAAAUAUUUCCUCUUUGGGGAAGUCUUACAGAAACCCAGAGCUGUGUGGAGUCUGAGCAGAGACAAACUUCCAGAGGUGGACGGGAAAAAAAGAAAGAAGUAAUUUCAGGAGAAUCAUGAGAUCAGAGCGACGGGAAAACACCUCAGCUGUUUGUCAACUCUGCCAUGGAUUCGUCCUCUGAGGGCCCAGCGAGGACGUAAAGCAGCGACGGACGGAGGAGGAGGAAGCAGUAGAAAGCUCGGCUGGAGGAGGAAAAGCCAGUAAGUGGGAGAAGCAGAGGCAGAGAGAAGGUGGGGGAGUGGAGGAGCGAGGAGCCCCGUUCUUCCAAAAAACAAGAAGAAGAAGGAGUGAUAAAGUCAUGGGGCUUUGUGCUGUUCUGAUCAUCUGCCUCUCCCAGGCUGAGCUGGCCAGAGUCUGGGCUCAGGAGCUCCAAGAUGCUCGGACUGUCCUGGAUGGAGACCAGUCCAGCUUCCACAGAACCAGGACAGAACAGCAGAUCCCACAGAAACACCGAGAAGCUCGUAAUGCUCAGACCGAAGGAGGAGGAGGAGGAGGAGGAGGAGGAGUGGAUAUCAGCACUCUGCCGGACAACAUGACUCGCAUCGUGGAGGACUCCCAGAGGUACUACAGAUGGCAGAGCUUCGGUCCAGCAGACGGAUGGACUGAGAACUUGUGGGUGGAUCUGAACAAUCUGCAUAAAAGCCAAGUCCGGAUCCACGGCAUCCUGUCCAACACUCACCGACAGGCCGCGAGGGUGGCGCUGUCCUUCGACUUCCCGUUUUAUGGACACUACCUGAGACAAAUCAUCGUAGCGACUGGAGGGUUCAUCUUCAUGGGUGAAAUCACUCAUCGAAUGCUGACUGCCACUCAGUACAUCGCUCCCCUCAUGGCCAACUUUGACCCCAGCUUCUCCAAGAACUCCACGGUGAGGUACUCGGACAACGGUAAUCUGUUUGUGGUUCAGUGGGACAAAGUGAGGCUAAAAGAUCGAGAGGCUGAAGGACCUUUUACCUUCCAGGCGGCUCUCCACAAAAACGGAACCAUAGUUUUCAACUACAGAGAAGUCCCUGUUCCAGUGGAGAAAAUUAAUUCCACCGAGCAUCCGGUGAAAGUGGGACUGUCUGACGCUUUCAUGGCUUCUCUCUCCUCCUCACAGCUCUCAGAUUCGAAGCAGCGUACCAUCUAUGAAUACCACCGCGUGGAGAUAGACACCACAAAGAUCGUCAACAGAUCUGCGUUUGAGUUCAUACCUUUACCCACUUGUCUUCAGCACACUUCCUGUGAUCUCUGCCUGACGUCCAACCUGACCACCGGCUGUGGAUGGUGCAACACUCUGCAGCGAUGUUCUGACGGCAUCGACCGGCACAGACAGGAGUGGCUGGACUAUAACUGCCCUGAAGAGGCUAAAGGCACGUGUGAGGACUACAACCCGGUUCUACCUGAAGGAUCCGUGAGCUCGUUCAACCACUCGUCUCCAGGUCCAACACCUUCUUCAGCCGUGUCUGAAGACCAGCCGGUCACUCGGGAUUUACAGACGGGUCCUCCGAACCAUAAAGGCAUCACGGAGAACACGGCCAUCAUAGCGGGGGUGGUGGCUGCUCUGAUUCUGCUGGUAGCUCUGACUUUACUGGCCGUUUACUACAUCAACACUCAUCCAACAGUAGCUCCACCGUUCUACCUCAUGCAGCGCCGCUCCAACAACUACUGGCCGUCUAUGAAGUUCCGUAACCAGGGCUGCCACUCCAGCUACGCCGAGGUGGAGCUGGGAGGUCACGAAAAGGAAGGAUUCAUCGAAGCUGAGCAGUGCUGCUGAGGACCAGAAGGAGAGGAGACGGAUGGACAUUUGUGACCUUUGUGGCUGGACAGUGUUCAUGUAGCUGCUCCUGUAGCUCUGCCAGCUUUGUCCUUUGCUGUUUGCCUUCACACGGGGGGAUUAGAAGGUGUCCAAAACCCACCGGUGCAGGGAGAUGUCAGGGAACGAACGAGCCUCCUACUGCAGACCAUGUACAGCUCAACUAUGUGUUUCUGUUUUAAUCCAUCUCACAGAGUUUUGUUUGUUUGUUUCAUGAAACUUCCACGCAGCAGCGACUGGUUGAUAAAAUGUUCUACUACACGGACUUCACUACGCAGAUAUCUAGCUCUAUAAUGAUAGCGAUUAUUCUGGAUGCGUUUUAGCCUUUCUGUUUAAAUGUCUUCUAAUAAAAGCUGGUGGUGAGUGUU